AUGAUUGUACAAAAGCUAUAUGUGCGGCAGAGCCGCCAAUUACUGGCUCUGAGCCGACGAGCCCCAAUCUCAGGCCGCUUUCUCUCCACGGAGACACCAGUCGACACAGCGCUGCGAACACCCUCAGCACGGCCAAUUGAUCCAAUUCAAAAAUCCGAAGAAGUGAAGGAAGGAGUCACUCCAAAAUCCCAAUGGGCAAAAUGGCAACAAUCAAGUAGGCACUCCCAUCGGACAACACCGGGGGAAAAAAAUAAAACUAACAAGUUUCUUUUCCAUCGCUUCUCAGAGGACAAAUUUCAAAGCACUGGUACCCAAAUGCAAGAAAUCUACGACCCAAAAGACCUUAUCACCAACCCCAUCAAACCCUCCGAAAUCACCCUCGAGCUUCUCCUCGCUUCUGGUACGCACAUGGGCCACUCUACCUCCCGCUGGAACCCACAGAACUCGCGCUACAUCUUCGGUAUACGUGAGGGUGUGCAUAUUAUCUCUCUAGACGUGACAGCUUCCCACCUCCGCCGUGCGGCGAAGGUCGUUGAGGAAGUUGCCGCGCGCGGUGGCAUCAUUCUCUUCGCUGGUACACGUAAGGGCCAGAAGCAGGCUGUUGUGCGAGCGGCCGAGCUAGCAAAGGGAUAUCAUAUCUUUGAGCGGUGGAUCCCAGGUAGUCUGACUAAUGGGCAGCAAAUCCUGGGCCAUUGCGAGACGAAGGUGGUGAACGCGCUAGAUGAGGAGCUGCCCGAGUUCAAGAUGGAUCUUGCGGAUCGGCCGACACUUAAGCCUGACUUGGUGGUUUGUCUGAACCCGCUAGAGAACGUGGUGCUGCUGCAUGAGUGUGGUUUGAAUAAUGUGCCUACUAUCGGUGUUAUUGAUACCGAUGCUGAUCCUACUCGCGUCACAUACCCUAUUCCUGCUAAUGACGACAGUCUACGGGCUAUUUCGUUGAUUUCUGGUGUUUUGGGUCGUGCUGGUGAGGCUGGUCAGGAGAGGCGGCUUGCUAUGGCCAAGCAGGGAAAGACUACGUAUGCGCCUAUUACUGAGAAAGAGCUUCGUCUUGAUCCACUCACUGGGUUGGUUCCUGGUGCCGAGCAAGGUCAGCAGAAGUAG